GCCACUGUGAUGAUUUUCCAUGUGUUUGAAGGUGAACGUUGAAUGUAAGAAACGUCCUGGGAGACCUCCACCAACACCAGAAACGAUAUGGGUUACAACAACGUCAUAUCUUCAGUCAACCGUGUGAACCCGUGAGCUUCAAGUCUUUUCCCAAUUUAUCAAAUCACAACCUCGAAAGCCUCGAACCUGCGUCGUUGCAAAAGCGGCAGCCCCACACACUCCCGCGGCGAACCCUCCAACCACAAAAAAGUUCCCGCACCGACCUCACGCAAGCAAUGUCGCUCUACUACGAGACGGCGACGAUUCUUGAGAACCCCGACAAGGUCGGUGGGUCUUUCAAGGCGCGGAUAUUCAAGAAGAAAGACUUGAAGAGCAAGCCCGGUCAGAUAUACGCGCUGGUUGCUGAGGCUUCGAAGUGGAGCAUAGUCCUGAAAGAUGUCAUUGAGACAUGCGCAGUGCUGAAGGAGGAGAGGAAGCUGACGCCCAUCCUCGCGCUCCUCCUCACACACGAUCUCCUGCUCUCUAAAUCAGGCGUCGCAGCCCACAAAGACCACGUCCUGCGCCUUGCAAUCGAACGCCACAAAGCGCGUCUGAGCGCCGAACUCACAAAGUCACGCAUACGCCACAAGUUCCCCACGCUCGACGCCUUCCGUCUCGCCAUCAACGCGGGCGAUCUCGAGGCCGAGGAUGACGAGGGAGAGAAGAUACGGCAUCCACGAUGGGUGCGCGUGAACACUAUCAAGUCGACGCUUUCGGCGCAACUGACCAGCACAUUCGCGAGCUUCCACCAGGUCAACAGCAUCGGCGACAUACUGACCGCGAAGGGGAGCAAGAAGAUUUAUUUCCUCGAUCCCAACAUUCCCAACCUGCUCGCCCUUCCGCCGCGCAUCGACUUCGCUAAAACCCCAGCGUACACGAAAGGCGAGAUCAUCUUCCAGGACAAGGCGUCCUGUUUCCCCGCGUACCUGCUCGACCUGCAAGAGACUGACGGCGAUGUAAUUGACGGCUGCGCGGCGCCGGGGAACAAGACGACGCACGCUGCUGCCAUCGUUUCGUCUCAGAGCGCCGGUGGGGAGAGGAAGGUCAUUGCGUUUGAGCGGGACAAAGGGCGCACGGAGAUCUUGAAGAAGAUGGUGAAGCUCGCAGGCGCAGAUUGCGUAAUGGUGAAGGGCGCCAGCGAUUUCAUUGCCGCGAAACCGAACUCACCAGACUACGAGAACGUGGGUGCGAUUCUGCUGGAUCCCUCGUGCUCAGGGACCGGCAUUGUGGGCCGCGACGAUGCGAUCAAGCUCCACCUCCCCUCCGCUACCGCAGAGACGGUGAAACAGAGCGGGAGCGGCAAGAACAAGAAGCGCAAGCGCAACGAAUCUUCCAAACCCACACCGGACGAGGAGAAGCAGCAAGUCACACUCGACCUCGACGACACGGCCCCCGAAGAAAUACCUCUCGAUGCCGCAGACAAACUCCAGGACCGCCUCACAGCACUAAGCACCUUUCAACUGCACAUCCUCACCCACGCCAUGCGCUUCCCCUCCGCCCGCAAGAUAACGUACUCGACGUGCUCCAUCCACUUCGAAGAGAACGAGGGCGUAGUUUUCCAGGCGCUUGCGACUUCUGUCGCCAAGGAAAGGGGGUGGAGAGUCUUGAGACGGGAAGAGCAGGUUGACGGACUGAGGAAGUGGGAUCGGAGAGGGCAGUGGGAAGAGGGGAAGUUGAAUGGCUCCAUCGUUGAGGAAAGAAGCAAGCAGGAUGCCCUCGAUGGAUGUAUACGCUGUGACAAAGGCACGGAGCAGGGCACCAUGGGGUUCUUCGUUGCUGCUUUCGUGCGGGAGGGUGAGGAUGGCGAGGCCGAGGAAGAUAAUAUGGAUGCAGAGGAGGUGAGGAAGCCAGCUGCGCCGACGGUUGAGCAGGAUGGCGAUGACGAGGAGGAGUGGGAUGGGUUCAGUGACGAUGAGGGUGCUGCGGAACUCAAGGCGAAGGCCGAGGAGGUGGCGAUGGAGAAAGAGAAGGAAGCAGCAGCGAACAAGAGGCAGAACAAAAAGAGGAAGACGGCAAAGCAAUAGAAGCGUGAGAGGCACAGCGAUGCAUGAUCUCUUCAGAUUCAAACCUACUUCCUACGCACUUGCACAUUUCAGGCUGAGGCAAGGCAGGAACGCUUACCUUCAAUCCGCCAGUGGUGCUCUAUCAACACACCAACCCACCGUCGUGCAACAUUUCGCACUCGACCACCCACCCGCCGAACACCACAGCUCUAAAAAAUGACACAACUCCGUCAUUCCGCAUAUCGAAGACGCGCCACGAGACCGUUCCACGGAACCCACAGUCGUCGAGCCUUGGUCUCAUAGCGGCUGAGAUGCAGUACGCUUAAGCUUUGAUGAGCGAACUAACCAAGUGGCACAUAUUUGGCAUACACUCGCGCACCCCUCUUCAGUAAUAGCAUACCGGGGACCUCAGGACAGAGUCAGCACCGUGUCUGGUCAUAUCGAAG